AUGCCUUUUACGUGUCUUUUUUGCUCAAAACCAUAUACAACUUGUGGUACAGAUCAUGCCUUAUAUUCAACAAUAUGUGGUCAUUUAGUAGGUAAAUCAUGUAUAGAAGCAUGGAAAAAUGAAGAAAUUGUAAAUGGACAAUUUAAAUGUCCUAUGUGUUGUCAAUAUAUUAAAGAAAAUGAUUAUCAUCCAAUUUAUGGUUUACCUGAAGAAUUUUUUAAAAUUAAAUUACUUGAUUAUAAGGAAAAAUGUCAAAAUGAUAAGGAUGUAGCAUUACAUUAUGCUUUAGGAAAUUUAGAAAAUGAAAGUCUUCUUAUGGAAAAAGUAGUACAAGAUGAUAUUUAUUCAACUUUUGAUUUAUUUGAUGUUCAUAAUGGAUAUCUUUUGAAUGUUGGUUAUUCCUUAGAAAAUUUUAACUAUAAUCAAACUUUACAAAUUUAUGAUCUUAGUAGUGGAUGUGAAUGUUUUUUUAAGUCUUUAGAUGGUCUUGAAUUUUGUUUAUGUUUUGAUAAUGGAUUAAUCGAAAACAUACUUUAUAUAUAUGGUAUGAAUGAUGUUAUAAGAAGUGUUUCAUUUGAAGGAUAUAAAGAGAUAAUUUCUAUAUGUUUUGUAUCAAAAGAAAGAUUUGUAUACUCAGUUAUUGAACAUGGUAUAUAUGUUUCAAGUACUGAAUUUUUAGAUUCAAAAAAACAUUGGUCAAAACAAAUAGAUGAAAAAAGUGAAAUUUCACAUUUACAAAAAGAUCAAACACCUUAUAUACUUUAUUGUGAUAAUGAAAAAUAUGUUAUCAAUUACACAUAUAAUUCAGCUAUAAAUAUGAUUUUAAUAGUUUAUACUAUAAAAGGUGGAGUUGAAGAUGAUUGUAAUACAUUUGCAGCACAAGUAGUAUAUGGUAUAUCAAAAUGUUUUAAUUAUAAAAGUAAUGGUUCUAAAAGUGAGAAGUAUAUUACUUAUCCAUUAAACAAUAUUAAAAAUCAUUAUUGUCAAAUGGAAUAUAAUUUCAAGCCAGCUUUAAUUUCUAUAACUGAUGAUAAUAAAAUGAUUAUUUCUUCAUUUAAAAUGGGUGUUGAAGAAGAUACACUGGAAAUUUCUUUUUUAAACGAUGAUUUUAAAUAUGUAACUGUAAAAAAAAUUGAAAAUUUAAGAAAUUGUAUUGCUAUUUAUUCCAUUAAAAGACCUGUAAUUUUUUUUACAAAAACUUUAAAAAUACCAAUUAUAUUAAUAUUUAAAGAGAAAUAUGUUAUAUAUGAUUUUUUUUGCUCAUUAGAAUAUGAAAAAGAAUAA